AGAUGAAGUGUUGAGGUUAAUAUUGAAUACAGCAACCUCUGUGUUUUAUCAAUAUAUACAAAGCAAUCCAAAUGAACAAUUCAGGAGGCCGCUGAUCACCACUGAAUCCUGCUUUCAAGGUUGGAGAAGGAUACUUCAAACCUGAAAAACCUGAAGCUACUAGCAAUCUCCAUCUUCCGCACAUAAAAGGCCCAGUUUUUCACAUUUUUGUCGAGGUCAUUUUUAGGACAUUGCUCCAGAGAGGCUGUGGGAGGGUUUUAUCCAAGCCUCGGAGCUCUCCGCUGGGGAAGGAAGCAAAGGAAAGGCCCUGGAAGUCCCUGGAGAAGAGGGCAAACUUGAAAACGGACCUUAGCUGGAAAGCUGACGGUUACAUAACUAACAUGCACGGUCUUCCACUGACACAGUGGAACAAGGAGAACAUGAUUGGUUAUAUGUUGCCAUUGCUGGCUGAUGUAUGAGACAAUAAUACACAUAACCCCGGGCGCUCCAGAUUGACGCUGUAAUUUCAGCUCUUUUCCAAACAAUUCAUUUACAUGGAUACCAAUGGAUGUUCUACUGGCUUUCCCUCCAGAUGUUUUGGAAAGAACCACACCACCACCACCACCUCCUGCUUUUUGUCUUCCAAUCACAUCCCUGAUGCAGCCGGCAGGUGAGCUGGUGUGAAUCAGCCACCUGCAGCGUUUAGGGAUGCCCCGACACAGGAAAACCAGGCUACUCUACUGGCCCGUUUACAGACUGCUGUUUCUAAUAAGAGUCCUGGACUGAAAGCAAGUUGUCUCCUUCUCUAACAGAGAGCAAGGGCUUAUCACUUUUUAUUUGCAAAAACUUUUUCUCACAUUGCUACAGCUGCCCUAACUGCUUAUCUUUGGGUGCUAAACACUUUAGGUUGACGUGAUUCGCACACAUUUUGCUUAUCAACAACAAGCCCAUUUCCAAUUUCAGGUCUUGCCUUUCUUUUUUUUCUGUUCAAGCUUUCUGCUCCAUUUUCUUUUCAGCCUCAUUUCAUUUCCUCCAGUUUCUUUUCGUCUUUCUGUAAGUUCAUCUCCUACCAAAACAGCCUACCUCUGCCAACUGUGGUACCUCACUAAACUCCCAUCUAUACACCAGUCAAAUCAAACUGAGCGAGUUCACUUCAUCAGUUCAGCUUAAGUUCCCCGUUUGUCAGGAUUGGAUUGGACUUCCACUGCACCAAAUCGUUUAAGGAGUGUUUUAAUGGAAGGGUCCAAGUAGUGUUUCUAUAUCUCAAUAACAGCCAUGUUUUGUUAAUUGCACUAUUAUCAUGUUCUUCACUAAGCCUUUAUUUGCCUUCCUAUCAUAAAGCAGACGUCCGGUUUAUAGGCUGAUUUUACUCAAAUGGAGACAGACCAGUCAGAACUAUCAGUUUAUAUUGGCUUGUAUAAGUAAUUGAUUGACAUGUUGGGUAGAACAGAGUGAAACCAGUGUUGUGUAUUUACCUGCAACUCUGCGGCUUAUUUCUUCAUCCCACCUUCCCACCUGUUUUCUGGCUGACAGAAAAAAAAGGCUUUUACAUCAGAGUGACUUGUGGGCUUAUUUUAAUCUCUCUCACACACACACACACACACACACACACACACACACACACACACACACACAGUCGAUCUGGAUUGACCUAAGAACCUAAGACGACAAGCGAUCGCUCCUCCUCCCGUGUCAGUGUGGUGAAGAGUGUUUUCCACUCGUCCACGUGAAAGAGGAAGCCCCCCUCAUUUAUCCCCCCAUCCCUUUUGUAUCUGUCCUUUUCAUUUUUUUAUUUUUUUUUGCUAAUCCAUCAUUUCAUCCCCCAAACUACAAAUCCACACAAUACCCCAGACCCAAAGAAACAUAUUAACUCUGAGUGAUAAAUUCCACGGCAUAUAGCAGUUGCUGAACCGACUCACACACCACUACACAAAGGAAGUGAUGCCAGGAGGUAGCAGCAAGAGUGGAGGGCGGGGUCCGUCCUCGUCACCCCUCCCCCAUACAGUGGUCCCGCCCACCAGACCCCUGAGACCCUCCCGCUACGUCCCGGUGUCGGCAGCCACCUUCUUCCUUGUUGGCUCCACCACGCUCUUUUUCUGCUUCACGUGUCCGUGGCUCUCGGAGCGUUUCUCAGUAGCCGUGCCCAUCUACAAUGGAGUCAUCUUCCUGUUUGUUUUGGCUAACUUCUGCAUGGCCACAUUCAUGGACCCCGGCAUCUUCCCGAGAGCUGAGGAGGACGAGGACAAAGAGGAUGAUUUUCGGGCUCCCCUCUACAAGACUGUGGAGAUCAGAGGAAUCCAGGUCAGGAUGAAGUGGUGUUCAACCUGCCGCUUCUACAGGCCGCCCCGGUGCUCGCACUGCUCCGUCUGUGACAACUGUGUCGAGGACUUCGACCACCACUGUCCCUGGGUAAACAACUGCAUCGGCAGGAGGAACUACCGCUACUUCUUCCUCUUCCUCCUGUCUCUGACAGCUCACAUCAUGGCCGUGUUUGGCUUUGGCCUGCUCUUCAUCCUCUACCAUCGCCAAAACGUCGACCGGCUGCACGCCAUCGUCACGCUGGCUGUAAUGUGUGUUGCAGGCCUGUUCUUCAUCCCUGUUGCUGGCCUCACUGGUUUCCACAUAGUGCUUGUGGCCAGAGGCAGGACUACCAACGAACAGGUAACAGGGAAGUUCCGAGGAGGCGUUAACCCCUUCACCAAUGGCUGUUGGAAGAACGUCUCUCAUGUCCUCUGCAGCUCACAGGCACCCAGGUAUCUGGGCAGAAAGAAGUGUGUGCAGAGUGUGUGUGUGCAGCCUCCCUUUCUGCGGCCACAGCUGACAGAGGCCCAGCUGGCUGCAAAGAUCCUGGACAACGGCAUACAUGGAGACCUGCACCGGUCUAAGUCCAGUCUGGAGAUGAUGGAGAGCCAGUCAUGUGACGCUGAGCCUCCUCCUCCUCCUAAACCAGAGCUCCGCUACCCUGGAAUCACCAGAGGAAACACAGAGGAGUGCAGUCUACUGAACAAAGCCCCUCCCACUCCCACCAUGUACAAAUACAGGCCGACCUACAGCCCCGGCAAGAACCACACAGCGCUCACACACGCUUAUGCGAACCAGUUAAGUCGAGGCGAGAGUGUUGGCAGUGCCAGGGACUCUUCCUCCUCCACCUCCUCCCUCCUUCAGGCCAGCCAGCAGCCUGGUUUCCGCUCCCAGCCCAGCCUGGACCGGAGGGACGCUUCAUCUGACAGAGUGGGAGUGGGAGGAGGCAGGGAGAGGAGGGAGGGGAGAAGAGAGGUGGGGGGGGGAGGCAUCCCUGGCUACUCCCUGGGCGGACGCUCGUACCCCUCCUUCUCCGACCCCACGGUCCUAUCAGGAGUGGCCUCACGAACUUCCAGCUCCACGCACACCUCAGCGGGCGCCGUCCACGUCUCCGAGGCAACCACCGCCUCGGCCAGCUUCAAGAGCUUAGCCAAUCAGACGCCCCCGCCUCACCACCCGGCCCGCAACGGGAGCCUGUCAUAUGACAACUUACUGGCAGGUGGUGAUGAUUUUGAAAAAGGGGUAGUGGCGGGUUCAGCAGCCCCUGAGGUUUCCUCUGGGAGACCCUGCACGCCAGCAGCAGGCGGCUACAACUCCCCCUUCCUGUCGUCGCAGCAGAGAGAAGCUGAGAUGCACUCCCAGUCCGCCCAGUCGCCCCAUCACUACCACCGCCCAUCCCACCACCACCAACACUCCUUUCUCCAUCGCUCCUCUUCCUCCACUUCGUCCUCCCCGCCGCCUCCUCCAGAGAGGGAGCGCCUGCUAGCGGAGCUCCACCCUGGCUCCCACCCACCCCCGGCCAAUCACGCCUCGGCUCCCCCAUCUUCCUCUGCCCCGCCUCCCCCACAUCAUCACCACCACCAUCACCACCACCACCACGGCCAUCAUCACCACCACCAUUCCUCCUCCUCCUCUUCCUCUACCUCCCGCCCUCCUCGCUUCGCUGCCCCUCAUGCACCUCCCCACCAUGCCUAUCCCUAUCGGACCCGCUCCACUGACACCCCUCUGGGAGCCUCCUCCACCUCCACCACCCACCCUCCCCGCUCCCCACACCCUCCACCUCUGGGCAAGUCGCUCUCUUACUCGAGUGCCGCCGCCGCUGAAAUGCAGUACCGGCUGGUCCGAAAGGCUUCUGCGUCAGCCGGAGCGAAUGCGGCGGGGGUGGGAGGAGGGAGGAGGAGGAGGAGGAGGAGGAAGGGAGGGAUGGGAGGAGGAGGAGGAGGAAUACAAGCGCCAAAGGAUGAGCUGAUCCAGAUGAAACCUCUGAGUCGGACCAACGGCGGCCAGCUCUUCUCCUCCACCUCCUCUUGCUCCGCCCCUUCCUCUCCCUCUCACCCAGUCAGAGUGUCCGCCCGGCCCGGAUUGAUCUAUCCCAGCUCUGCAUUGACGCAGAGUCCGGCCCACAAGCCUCAGGGCGGCGGGGUGAAGAAGGUCACGGGCGUCGGGGGCACCACCUAUGAGAUUUCUGUCUGAGUGGCAUCCAGCCUCACGCUCGGCCACCAAUCGGACCAAGAGGAGAUGUUGCUGCCUCCUUCUGCCAUUGAGGGAGAGAUUUAAGACAACGAACCACUGACCGACUGUAGACCUGGACAUAAUAUCUUUAUCCAGAUCUCGCUCCUCGUUGGCCCACUGACUGUAGAGCUAAACUGUGCUGGAACUGCCCUGCCUCUAUCCAUCCUCCUCAGUAACUGAGAGCAAGACCUGCACUGAUGUAAGUCAGGACGACCUGCUACUUGGCCAUGAAAGUCUGUUUUCUGGGAUCUCACUGGACCAAACAGGAACAACAAUGUGGGUUUUAUCCUCACUGUAGCUCAGCAGACAGCACCAUGGACUAGUUUGCUCUGGUCUGGGUGUUACAUUAUACAAGUGUCGCAGCGCAAAGCAUUACCACUGCCAGGGUGAGGAGUUUGAUCCCCACUGGGGCCACCAGAGAGCUCUGGAUCGGCUGUGAGUCCAAUCAGCACUUUUUGACUGAGGCUGCAUUUGGGUCAAUAUUGGUGCAGAUGUUUAAUAUUCUAACAUUUCACCAUUUUCAGGCUCACAUUUGAAGCAUCAUCGCACACAAAAACCCGUCGAAUUCAAAGUCAGGGCUUCCCAUAGAACAGCAGUUUGGUGUAAACUACAUGUGGGAUCAGCCGCCUCAGAUGAAGUCACAACAGCAUCCUCCAAAUGGAGUGAUUUCAUUGGACCAUGAACACAAGUGGCAUUGUUGUGAUGCGUGGCGUCAGUAAAGCAGCCCGGGCAGAGACUCCGGAGCCUGUGGCCCCUCUCCUGGAGGCCGGCGUGCCCCACAGGAGGUCAGUAGGAUCUAUUCUGGACUGUGACCAUCUAGCAAUCGACGUUGCUGCGUGAAUUGACUUGCCUUUUGAUGCGGGGGUGAGAAGUGUGACAUUGAAAAGAAACAAAAGUGGUGAUUCCCUGUUUCUUUGAUUCAUUUGUUGAUUUAUUCCUAGAUGUGAAUAUGAUUCCAUGUUUGUACAGAAUGAUGUGAUUUUUUUUUUUUUUAAGUGGCGUUCGGACUGCAGCAUGCACUACUAUUACUACUAGCCACUAUAGGCCACUGUGUUCGGCUGUGGACCAAGUGGUCUGUUUGAACAAACGGGACGGGAGGAAACUAAAGUGAACAAGGAAAUCAUGUUUCAGCCUUGUGUUGUCAAAGGGGACAAGGCUGACCUCUAGAGAAUUCAUUCCUCGAGCAAUUGCCUUGAAAAUUAAAGUGUUUUUAUUUUAUUUUAUGUCACCUAUUUAAUUGGAAAUUGUUUUAUAUGAAUUUAUAUGGAAAUAUAGCUAUUGAUAAAUGAAGAGUUUUUAAUAUUGACUGAAAAAAGGUUUGAGUUGUAAUCUCUCAGACCGGACGCCUUAUUUCAAACAUGGUCUCACAGUCGGAUUGCAUCUUCAGUAAUGAUUUCAGUCGUGACUUCUCUGAAGAGAAUAAAGCCACUGGCCCCAAUACUGUCUUUAGACUACGUGUUCAAACUGGAGACCACAUAAGUGAACGUCCUUGUGGUCUCCAAACUAAUUUGAAUUAACUUUUUUGAAGUGUGGCAUGUGGGAAAUAAAUUCACCAUUAAGUCAUUAAGGCUGCUAGUCUGAGUAAAAAUGUGUUUAAUGGUAAAAAAAAAAAAAAAGUUGUGAUGAUGUAGUGGACACUUGUAAAGCAGUGCACCAAGUCUUCCUUCUCCCUGCUAAACAUCGACUGUGCAUUGUUUGCUAAAGAUUUCAAGUCCAAAAACUCUUUCAAAUUAUUCAAAUAAUUCAAAAACAUACAGCUGCUUUUUGAAUUUCACAAAUGUAUCCGAGUGCUUUAUGGGAGGAAGUCUAGCUCUUUGUGUGGCCAUCUUGUUUCAUUGCCCCCCCCCCCCAACAGUUGUUGGUUAGAGACCCGCUUACACAGAUCCAUAUGGGAACGUCGCUGUGUCCAUGUACGUGACUACGCUCGCCUCAACGCGACCUGCCUCAUCGGACAGGUUUGGUAGUCAAAGGAGCGGCUGUAAAACGGUGGAUAAACACAUUUCGUGUCCUAUAAGUUAUUUAAAAAGGUUUAUUUCAAAGCAGCAAAAUCAUGAAAUGUGUUUUCAUCAGCAGUAACGUAACAGGAGACAGUGAGCAGGUCUCAGCUGAGAUCCCAACGUGAGCUCCAUCUCACAGUUCAUGUGUUCUGGAAUGAUCGAAUGACAAAAAAACACAUUGAAAAUACAAGUAAUGACAUAAUGGUAACAUGUCCAAGUAUGACUUUACAAGGAGCCUGUUUUCUCUGGAGUGUCACCUUAAAUCUCCAUCUUUGGCCAUGUUGUCUUUGUGUCCAGUCUGGGACUCAAACAGGGACACCACAGGUCCACAUUAUAACCAGUUAUGGUCAAAAGGGUAAAGCACACAUGAAGAGAGUCCCAUCUCUGAUCUAUGACAUGACAAGAAAGGGAAAGUCUCUAUUUCAUUUCAGCUUCGAUUUUGGGAUUUGGCUGUGAUUUGAGGACAGUAACUCAGAACGGUAGAUGAAGAUGAGCUUCUUUGCCUGUGUUUGUUUAGGACACGGUUGGGAAACAGACAUUAAUUAAAGACAUGACAAAUAUGUGUGCUGUACAGCUGUGUUGUGUGUGUGUGUGUGCGCGUGUGUGCGUGCGUGCGCGUGCGUGGUGCAGGGAUGGAUUGAUA